CAUUCAUGUGAAGAUUCAUUUAUUUGCAAUCGGUUGCGUAGAAUGAAUGUGUAUUUGAUAAGUUUUAAGGAAAAUUGAUUGCUGUGUUAAAUUUUUGCCAAAAAGUGAUCUAGCAAAUUUGAUAAACCAACAAAUUUUCUCCAUUUCAACCAUAAUGUAUCAUCCACGUGUCCAUAACCUAGAUUCACCGUUGACUCCGAUUCCUGCAAUGAGUCAGCAGUCCCCAUUCAACUUCUCUCCGACUGCAGUCGAUCACUUUCUGGAAGCAUCGAACAGUCCAGCCAUUUUACAUUCAUUGCGUACUACUCCGAUUUUGAUAGAAAUUCCUCCGCCAGACAUAUCUCCAAUCGAAUAUGUUCCGGGUUCGGCUAAUCGAUUUGCAUUUUCGCCAAAUUCAUCAAUCAUCGCAUCCAACCAUUCGCUCAGCAAAAACGAUGGACCAAUGCCGUUCUAUUUGUCGAAUGUCGAUAAGCAAAACGGUUUAAAUGAUUCCAAUAUCAACAAUCAUCAUUUAGAUAUCAGUUCUGUCCUAGAUGAAAUCGGUUUGGAACAGUACAAAUCAUUGCUUUACGCACGAGAGAUUGAUUUGAAAAGUUUUAUGAUGUUGACAGAUGGUGAUUUGCAAGAGAUGGGUAUUGAGGACAAAUAUCAUCGUUUGGUCUUAGCUAUCACUAUUAAUAAUUUGAAUAAUGGUUUUAGUUCAGUUUAAUGUCACUGCCAAUAUUUUUGGGUUUACUUUGGAGGGUUCAAUUAACUUAUUGUAUUGUACAAACGGAGACUGUGUCUGAUGCUAGUCGUUUCUUGUCUAAUUAAAAGCUUCUGAUUUUUAUUCUA